AUGGCCCUCAACGACACCUCAGAAGAAAGUCUUUAUGGAGACUAUGAAGACUAUUCGGACUUUGACCACCACGCAGGGCUCCGCGACGCUAUGCGGGUCCUGUCCAUGGUGGUCUACAGCAUUGCCUUCCUGCUGGGAAUGAUUGGGAACGGUCUCGUCAUCUUCAUCACCGGCUUCCGUAUGAAGAGGACGGUCACUACCGUCUGGUUUCUGAAUCUGGCCAUAGCUGACUUUGUUUUUACUUUCUUUCUCCCGCUAAGUGUGGCCUACCUGGCCUUAGGCUUCCACUGGCCCUUUGGGAAGGCCCUGUGCAAGCUCAGCAGCACCGUGGCCUUCCUCAACAUGUUUGCCAGCGUCUUUCUGCUCACUGUCAUCAGUGUGGACCGCUGCAUCUCCGUGGUGAGUCCAGUCUGGACGCAGAACUACCGCACGACCCGGCUGGCUUCUCUGGUGGCUUUGGGCAUCUGGGUUGCAGCUGCGGCCCUCAGCUUCCCCUACCUCAUCUUCCGUGACACUAGGAGCUCCUUCAUGGACGAGAACAUCACUCAGUGUUACAACAACUUUGCCUUGCCUGACAAUGUCCAGUCUGAGGAAGCCGUGGAGCUGGGGAAGCACCGUCACCAGGCGAUGGUGCUGACCCGUUUUGUGGUGGGAUUCCUGCUACCAUUCAUUGUCAUCCUGUUCUGUUAUGGCAUUAUCACAGCUAAGCUGAAAGGAAACCGCCUCACCCGCUCAGGAAGGCCUUUCAAGAUCAUGGUGGCAGUGGUCCUGGCGUUCUUCGUCUGCUGGUUCCCAUAUCAUGUCUUCUCCUUCCUGGAGAUGUCCGUCACCAUGGUCUUUCCCUGGCUUGAGACUGUGCUGAUGGUGGGGUCCCCGCUGGUUUCAGGCCUGGCUUACCUCAACAGCUGCCUGAAUCCUUUCUUGUAUGUCUUUGUGGGACAGGACUUCCGAGAGAAGUUGCGGAUGUCAGUACUUGCUGUGUUCGAGAGCGCUUUCAGUGAAACUUCAGCCCAGGUAUUAUCCAAGAGCAAAUCCAGUUUGGAGGUAGCGUGCCACCCAGUUUAG